ACAGGUGGGGCCGCAUUCUGUCUGACAGGAAAGGGCGGGUCGCAGGGUUCCCCAAACUUCCGGCGCGCAGCAAGGCGGCCUCGCUAGUGGUUCUAACGCGAGGCGCGCGAGCGGCUGGAUGAUGUCACGGAAUGGGGGGAAAAGAGGGCGGCACUCGAGUGGGUGCGCAUGCGCAAGAAGGUGCCUGCCCGACUGGAGCAGAGCAGGCUGAGAGGGUCUUCCCAGCGCAGGCGGGAUUUCCAGUGUUACUUGCGGCUGGGCGUUGGGGACUUGCUGCCUUUCUGGCAGCAGGCAGGAAGCCGCAAAAAGUUUCUGAGCCCGCGAACCUGUAGCGGACGUGGAAAAAGAACGCCCCUCCUCAAGUGUCUGGCUUAAAGAUGCCACCCAGGGAAGGGAACUCUGGCUAGCUAAGGAGGCCAUUCUUGAUGUUGCUUCUAGAUCUCAUGUCGUCACCGAGACCUCAGCUGCUGGUGGCAGCUGCUCAGCAGACCCUUGGCAUGGGAAAGAGACAGAGUCCACCCCAAGCCAUCUGUCUUCACUUAGCUGGAGAGGUGCUGGCUGUGGCCCGGGGACUGAAGCCAGCUGUGCUCUAUGAUUGCAACUGUGCAGGGGCAUCAGAGCUCCAGAGCUAUCUGGAGGAGCUGCAGGGGCUUGGCUUCCUGACCUUUGGACUUCACAUCCUUGAGAUUGGAGAAAACAGCCUGAUUGUCAGUCCUGAGCAUGUAUGUCAGCACUUGGAGCAGGUGCUGCUUGGUACCAUAGCCUUUGUGGAUGUUUCCAGUUGCCAGCCUCACCCUUCUGUCUGCUCCUUGGACCAACUUCAGGACUUGAAGGCCCUCGUGGCUGAGAUCAUCACACAUUUGCAGGGGCUGCAGAGGGACUUAUCUCCCUCUGCAGUCUCCCACAGCAGGCUGCAUUCCUCAGACUGGAAUCUCUGUACUGUAUUUGGGAUCCUCCUGGGCUAUCCUGUCCCCUAUACCUUUCACCUGAACCAGGGAGAUGACAACUGCUUAGCUCUGACUCCACUACGAGUGUUCACUGCCCGGAUCUCAUGGUUGCUAGGUCGACCCCCAAUCCUGCUCUAUUCCUUUAGUGUCCCAGAGAGCUUGUUCCCAGGCCUGAGACACAUUCUAAACACCUGGGAGAAGGACCUCAGAACCCGUUUUAGGACUCAGAAUGACUUUGCUGAUCUCAGCAUCUCCUCUGAGAUAGUCACACUGCCGGCUGUGGCCCUCUGACUUUUACUCUCCUCUCACAUAGAAGGUACUCAGUAAAUGAUCAUCUCUAGGUUGGGGAUGGCAAAUAAUCAUCUCAACUGCCAAUUCCAAGUGUCUUGAGUACACUAAGGCACAAUGCUCUAACCAAUUGGCUGCAAAUGCAAAGGGCAUGUAAAUAGGUAGUGGUGGUGCUAGUAGCAAAUUGGUAGAUAGUACCUACUUGCCAUUUCUAUGCUAGGAAGUCCUCUUAGUGGAUAUGCUUUCAUUUUCACUGGAUAAGAGGUAGAAGGAAAGAGGUGAUAGAGGAAAAGCAGGGUGGUGGAAGACAAGCCAAACACUCUUGCAUGGUAACCGUCUAAAUAUACCUGCUCUAUGUGGGUGCUGUCUGCUAGGAAAGUAGGGCUGGGGGUUUCUCUGCGUGUUUAUAUGCCUGCAACUGAAUUUGAGGAGAGUAGACCACCAGUAUGCUUAAAUAUGUGAUACUUGUUAAUGUAAUACACCUUUCAGGAAUAAACUGAGAGUUCUGAGGAACA